CGCACGCCGCCCCUCGCAGUACAGGGCUGUGACGGCCUCUUCCUCUUGUGCCCGGGGUGAGACCCUGAGCGGUGGCCGUGGCCGGAGCUAGGAGCCAGCGGCCGUCUCGCCGCCGCCGGCCUCGCCCUCUGCCCCUGUGUCUUGGGCUCUUCUCCGCGUAGUGCAGAGGCGGCGGGCUGGGAAGGGAGCGGCGCCGGCGUGAGAUUCCCAGCCGAUGGGCAGCCCCUGGGCGCACUGAGGGGCCGGGCUACUAGCGGCGGAGAAAAUGAUGCAUCCAGUUGCCAGCAGUAAUCCGGCUUUCUGUGGGCCUGGCAAGCCUUCCUGCCUCAGUGAAGAUGCCAUGAGAGCUGCUGAUCAGUUUGACAUAUAUUCCUCCCAGCAAAGCAAAUACAGCCACACAGUCAGCCACAAACCAAUGGCUUGUCAGAGGCAAGACCCAUUAAAUGAAACACACUUGCAGACUACAAGUGGUAGAAGCAUAGAGAUAAAAGAUGAACUAAAGAAAAAGAAAAAUCUCAACCGAUCUGGUAAGCGUGGCCGGCCUUCAGGAACGACCAAAUCAGCAGGAUACCGGACCAGCACAGGCAGACCCCUGGGAACCACCAAAGCGGCUGGAUUUAAGACAAGUCCAGGCAGACCUUUGGGUACAACUAAAGCUGCGGGAUACAAAGUCAGCCCAGGGAGACCUCCAGGUAGCAUUAAAGCUCUGUCCCGUCUUGCCGAUCUUGGUUAUGGCUGCGGCACUGCUGCUUUCCCUUACCCCAUGAUGCAUGGCAGAGCAGUUCACGGGGUAGAGGAAACCAGCAGUGAAGUCAAGCCACCCAAUGAGUGAAUGAGGCAGGAAAGGAGGGCCAGGUUUAGAAGGAAGAUGGUGAAUAAUCCCAAAGCUUCUUGGUUUUAUUUUGACAUACAUGCUUUCAUGGCCUGGGCUUUCCAAAUUUGUUUUCCUGUUUGAUUUUUUUUCCUGCUUUUGCUCAGAAACUGCCAUAUGCUGACAGAUGCACUCAGGGCAUGAGCAGUGUCAUUCAGUUUGUACAUAGGUUAAAAUGUAACACCUAACUAAAUCAUUUUUGCUUUUCCUUUAGAAUUAUGGUUGUCUCUCAUAUUUCAUUACUACUUUUGGGCCAUUCUAAAUAGAUGCUUAAUGUGCUAAACAAAUAAAACCAUUAUACAUAUUAGUUUGUGAAGUAAGCCUAUAAUAUAAUAAAGAUAAUAUCUAAGGUAUUUUUAACUGAUGGAACAAAGCAAACUAAUGAUUCAGGAUUACUUGAGGUAAUGGCUGUGAGUUUUUGUAACAUUUGUUUUCAUGAGAUAGGACACAUUUGUAUGCUUUGGCAUUUACAUAGACUUCAGAUAUUAAAGGUCUUAUUUUUAAUGUUCUAGGUUUAGGCAGCUUCUUAUUUAUUGAUCUACAUGACAUUAAUUGAUUUAACCAUUAUUCUUAAAAGAAUUCUUUAGUGUUUGCCUUUCAGCAUUGAUAGGUUGUAUAUAUUUUAAUUGCCUAAGAGCAUAUAUACCAAACACUACAAGCAAUUCAUAUUUACAAGAAAAUUAAACUUUUUUAUAAACACUGCACAUUACAUUUUUGGUGAAAUACAAUGCAUUCUGAGAAUAGCAUAUUUAAUAUAAUAGAAAAAUAAACAUUCCUAAGGUCUGCAUGUAUCUAUAGUCACUACAUUUUACCUUCCAUAUACUUAAAACAUUUAUUAAUGUUGUUCGUUUUUAGUUUUUUCUGAAAAAUUGUCCCAUUGCAUUAGCACUUACUGUGGUUUCAGGUUUAUAUCUACCAAAGGACACAAAAUGAAUGGUAGACUGUAAAACUGGUCUAAACAAAGUGCAGUUUUCUGUCAGAACCCAAAUAAUUAAGAAAUAUAUAGGAAUACAUCUAUGCAUGAAACAUGUAAAAAAUAUGUUUGUUAGCAUAAUUAAAAAUCUAAUUGUGUCUCCAGUGAGACCACUUCAUCCAAAAGAAAAUUUUUCCCAACAAUAUUUGCUUUAGAAGCAAGAUAGAUAGAAAAGAAAAAAAUUAUUGGAUAGAUAUGUAGAGUAGGGACAGAGGGAAAUCUCUCUUCCCCCAUUUCUGAAAGUAAUAUUCCUUGUUAAUAUACAUUUUAUUUAUUCUGAGUCUGUUCUAAAUAAAACUAUUGUAAACUUUGGAUUUGAAAAAAAAUUCCACUGAACUUUAAAGUUACAAUGUGUGUAUUUGCGAUUUUAAAUGCCUUUGAGAUUAUAAUGUAGAUUUGCAGGACCUAAAAACUUUUAAAAUAAUUAAAAUUUUAAAAGGGUGCAUAUUGUGUUGUUUGGGCUUGCUCUCAGUUAAUGCAAACUCUGAUUGCAAAUGGAUGUCAUGUUUCGUACCUUUUUUAUCAGGAAAAAAGCAGCAAGCCUUCAGGUGUUCCAGUGAUGCCUGACACAAUGAGCUGGACUUUAUGCUGCUCUUUACAGUAAGAGGUGUUGCAUUGUAUGUGGGGACUGUGUGUGCACUGGCAUCUAAGACAGUGACCUCAACAAUUUUAGCUUUGCACAAACCAUAGAGAGCAAUGUUGGAUGACUACAUGAUUGGUUGUAACAUUCUGGCAGCUAAAUUGCUACAAGAGUUUCUUCUUGCAGAAGCUUAAAAUAUAAAAUUUCUAAUAAUUUACUCAGAACAGUAUAACUUCUGACACACACAAAUGCUUACAUUUUUAUUCAUAUGUUCAUUUAUCCACUUUUAUUAUCUAUCUGUCAUUUAGGUGUUUCUCAAGAUGGUGUUUAGCAGUUGGCUGCUUAGAAAUCCUCUUGAUUUCCUGAAAACUGUUGUUUAAUUAAAUGUUCUGCCUUAGAAUAAUAUAUACCACUGUUAAGAUUUGGUUGCAUUUUGUGUUUUAUAGUAUGUCCAUUUGAUGUAUCCCUUUCAGUUUAUUUUCAUUCCUGGUUUUGUUAUAUACACCCUUCCCUUUCUCCCUGCCCUUUCCUACGUCCGUUCCCCUCCCCCUUUUCCCAUCCUCCAGCACAUCUACUCAGUGGUGCUGUGCUGUGUGUCAGAAGAUAAAGCAGGUGUAUUAUUGUAUAAUGAAUUUUGUAUACAAGUUAAUGAAAUGGUGAAAUCACCUAAAGGAAGUAUAUUCAUAACAGUGUUUAUUAAUAUCAGGAGCUAUAUCCCAGGAAAAAAAGAGGGCAAGUGGCUACAGUUGUGACUGGAUAACAUCAUUUAGAAAGCUGAAUUUUCUGUUCAUGUGAACAGUUACCUUGAGUAUUAGAUCUGUAGACUGGUGAACAUCUCCUGAUUCCACUUCCUUUUCUCCUUGUGAACAGUUUAUUGGUGCCAUGCUGAAGAGAAAGACACCUAAGUGAUAACAUGAAUGAAGUCUUAAAAUAGAAAAUAUUUUUACUUCUCUAUAAUCUGAAGACUACAUUGUGCAUCUUUUGUAACACUGUCUCUUGUCAUGAUAAACACUGAAAUAGCAUGUUAAACAAUUGCCUAUACUUUAAUAUAAUCAGUUGGGGGAAACUGGCCUUUUCUUCCCACUGUAUGAUUGUUUCUUGAAAGGUAAAUUGCUAAUUUUAUAUUGUGUAAUUCUGUUCUUCACAAAAUAGGUUUCACUAUUCUGUAUUAAAACUGUUGGUCAGAAAAUGAUCUGCUAUUCAAGUAAGUUUGCUUUACUUUUUUCCUUUAAAAAUAUUUUAACAUGCCUUAUUUAUUAUUCUUAUCGUAUUAACAAAUAAGGAGCUAAUACAAAUGAAAUUUUCCUUUUUUGACAGAUACAACCUUGCAUAACUAAUCUUUAGUAUGGGAUGAUUUUGAUACUAUCUUUGGAGUUUUGCACUGGAUAUUAAAAAAAAUACUGGCACAAUAUAAUGGAAGAACAUAAGUAUCUGAUUAAUUUUUAAUAUUUGGGGACAUUUUUAAAAUCAGUGUUUCAAUUAGACUAGAAAAUUCUUUAUAUUUUUUAUUUAUUUUUUAAAAGAAACAUCUAUUAAAGUAAUAUUCAUUCCAAAGUGAUAUUUGUGGAAUUUACAUGUAUAUUUUCAUGAAAUGAGAAUAGAGUUUCUUUGAGUUAAGGAGGAAAAAAAUUAUCUGGAUCUAUUUAUUAGGUUAAAAGUGAUCCAUCCAGUGUAAGAAAAACCAGUGUACGAACUAAAGGAAAAAAAUAAAAACUUCUCCUUUAUAUUCUAAGAAGCUUUAAAAGAACAAUUCAGGGGUUAUUGACCGUAACUGCUACUCUGUUGGUCAUUGUCUCUAUAUGCAGUAAAAUUUUAUGAUCCCUUUUUAGUAAAAUAUAAGAAUUCACAACACUUCAAAAUGUUUUUUUCCUCGGACAUAAAAUAUUUUGAUGCUAUUAUGAUUUUUGUUUUUAUUAUAGCUUAACUAUACGCUGUUAAACUCUAGGAUGUAUCUAAAUCUUUUCUUUGCUUUUUCCCCCUUCUCUCCCCAAGUAGAUAAAUCUGUGCUCUCCACAUAUAAUGUAUUUAAUUUUCAGAAAAUUUAAUGCUGUAGUAAAUCAAGUGUGUGAUUUAUAGUAAUCAGACCACUUUGAUUCUUUAAGUUUCACAUUUUCCUUUUUCCACAGAUAAUUACAGAGAAAAUAAUUACCAAUUAACUGAUAUAAGCACGCUGUCCUCUGCUGUAAAAAGUCUGAAUAGAUACUGUGUAUGUUUUCACGUCCAUGAACUUGAGCUACUCGUGUGCAAUUAUGUGUAUGGGAAUGGAGUAGUGUUCAUGAUUUGUAUCUACAUCAUCAUAUGGAUGUAUAUUUAUUAAUAAAGUCAUUACUUUAAAACCAA